CCUUACCCCCUAAAAAGCAGUAGAACAACAAUGGGAUACAACAGUAGGAUAAGUUCUCCCACAGUCUCACUUUUGAGCCACCUAAUACAUGCCACAAGAUCUUGCAUGCCUCAGUUUAGAUUAGUUUAAGUUUGGCUUUUGAAAAGAAUAGAUUGCUGAGAGCAGUUGGCAGUGGUUAAGCUCCCCCACUUCAACAAAAGUAGCACCUCUCUGGAGUGAAGCAAACACCACUCCUUUUUCUUUUCGACUUGUUGCUGCUUGUUGGUAAUCUGUUGCUGUCUUGGGAUCUUGUUUUAUGCUGCUUGACAAUCUUUCUUCUUCAUGAAUUAAACUGGUUAGGAUAUCCAUGGAGAUAGGAUUUUUGUGUUCGGGUUUUCAUGUUACUUUUCGUUGGAUUUAGCAGAGACCACAACUUCCAUUUCUUUCUGAAGUGGAGCUGGAGCUUGAAGACAUUUACUCUGAUACUUAGGUAAUUUUGUAAGAGCUCCUGUCUCUAGCCAUGUUCACUCUUUAUUUGCAGUUUUUCAGAUACCUAUAUAGUAACAGUAGUUUCUUUAGGAACUCUGCAGAAUUGAGUCUCUGAUGGCUGUUUCCACAAAGAUCCCUUAGCUGGAAAUAGAUGUAUUCCACUCAACAAUCCCAGAAUGUUGUUGGAACAUCAACAACAUCCACUUUGAUGGCUCCCUGUGCUGCUGCAAGAGUUGCCCAAGAGAGCUCAGGAAACACCUGGGAUCCCCUGGCUGCAGUGGUCCGACGGAUGGAUUCUAACGAGGCACAUAUGAUAUCUUCUUACCACAUUAGAUUACCCCUAGACCAAGAAACAGGUGAUUUGGUUGCUGAUGGUGGUCUCUCAUCCUGUGACAAUGGAAGAUCUCAGGAAGACAAGAGUUCUUUUGCUCCCUGCCAUCCACAUGUCCCUGCAAGUAGCAAGCGUAUCACUGAGACAAACAUCAAAGGAAACAAGAGGAAGAGUCAAGCCGAGUGUGGUGCUUCAACAUCCCAGUCUCUAGAGGAAAGAGUUCAAGCUGAAGAACAGCAUGAUGUUUCAUUUGAGUCUGGCAAAGCUGCGACAGGGAAAGAUGGGAAGGAACAGAAGAAUGAAGUCAAACGAGGUGGCAACAAUCACAAGAAUGAUUGCACUCAUGUCAGGGCUAAGCGAGGUCAGGCAACCAACAGUCACAGCCUUGCAGAAAGAAUUAGAAGGGAAAAGAUCAGUGAAAGGAUGAGACUUCUCCAGGAUCUUGUUCCAGGGUGCAGCAAGAUUAACGGCAAGGCAUUGAUGCUUGAGGAGAUCAUCAAUUAUGUGCAGUCAUUGCAACGCCAAGUUGAGUUCCUCUCAAUGAAGCUUGCGACUGUAGAUCCAGAACUGAACUUUGAUCUUGAUCAAACUCUUUCUGGAGAUGUCCAUUCAUGCUAUGGAGGUUCAGCUGUUCUUGCAUUUGGUCCAGGAAUGAGUAGCUUCCAGCCUCAUUUGUAUGAAUCAACAUCACAAAGAGUCACUCAACCUGAAAUGUUCUGCACUGCUCCCAGUCCAGGGGACUUGCUGCAAGCCUUCCUCUCACAGACCAAUAUUUCUCAGUUAGGAGGUGCAUGGCAUGAUGAGUUCCAUUCCUGACGAAACUUCCACAGAGCUGAAUUUUACUAAUUCAUUGGUAGGUGGCCUUAGAUCACUCUGAACUUUUAGGUUCAGCUCAUGAAAGUUUGUCUGGCGGUACAGAAUCCUUCAAGAAUCUGUUCAAAGAUUUCAUGGGCUUUUGAAUCAUGAAUAAUGUCGGAUGUAUAGCAUCACAUUUCUAACCUUUGUCUUCCUUUUUUUUUGGAUGAAUUCAUCACAUGGUAUAUGAAGGCUGAGGGCAUGAUCAGCAGCUUGUUUCUGGUUCAUCCAUGAAGGUCUCCCAUUUUUUUGUUGGCAUC